AUGGCCGCCGCCGGUUGCGGCGGCGGCGGGGAGCGCGCCGAAGCCAAGUACAACUCGUACAAGGCGCCGGGGCUGCGCGGCGCCGUCCUGGAGGCGGCGCACGUCUCGUGCCUCGAGGACCGGUACGCGCUGGGGCCGCAGCUCGGGUGGGGCCAGUUCGGCGUCAUCCGGUCGUGCUCCGACAUGGUCACCGGCGAGGCGCUCGCCUGCAAGUCCAUCGCCAAGGACCGCCUCGUGUCCCCCGAUGACGUUCGGGGCGUCAAGCUCGAGAUCGAGGUCAUGGCGCGCCUCUCGGGCCACCCUAACGUCGUUGACCUCAAGGCGGUGUACGAGGACGAGGAGUCCGUGCACCUCGUCAUGGAGCUCUGCGCCGGCGGGGAGCUCUUCCACCGCCUCCAGGAGCGCGGCUGCUUCUCGGAGCACGAGGGCGCCGUGCUCUUCCGGUACCUCAUGGAGGUCGUGGCCCAUUGCCAUAGCAAAGGGAUCGUGCACCGGGACCUGAAGCCGGAGAACAUCCUCCUGGUCAGCAAGUCGCCGUCGUCGCCGAUCAAACUCGCGGACUUUGGCCUCGCCACCUACAUCCAGCCUGGUCGAAGCUUGAGUGGCAUGGUAGGAAGCCCGUUUUACAUUGCGCCGGAGGUGCUUUCUGGUGGGUACAAUGAAGCUGCCGACGUGUGGAGCGCUGGUGUUAUACUUUACAUCCUCCUGAGUGGCAUCCCACCGUUUUGGGGGAAAACCAAAUCGAAGAUUUUCGAGUGUAUCAGGUCGACAGAGCUGUGGUUUCCUUCUGAUCCCUGGGAUAGGGUUUCUGAUUCAGCGAAGGAGCUGAUCACCGUGAUGCUGCGGCGCGACCCUAGACAACGACCCACGGCCAAGCAGGUUCUAGAGCAUUCGUGGAUGCAAGAACACGCGGACCAAUCACAAGAUUCUUGCAGCCAUUGCCACGAGAUCGGCCUCCGGAGGGACUAUCCCGGCUCGUGCUCAUUCUCCACGCCACCGGCGUCGCGGAGCCGCGACGUGAGCUUCAACACCGGUGGCCCGAUCGCCUGCCAAGGCCUGUCGGAGGAGGUGUACUCCCCCACAUUCGCCUGCAGGUCUUCGUUCUCGGCGUUCGUUGCCGACAGCGCUACGCCUUUCACGACAUCUGGGUUCUCGUUCAGCGGCACCUGUGAGCCCAGCGGCGUCGCGUUCCAGUCGCCGUCGUCCGUCAUGUCAAUGCCGAGCUUCUCGUUCUUCUGUGCACAAGAACCCGGCGAGCCUGAGCCGUCGGCGCCGGGUGACGCCUCGGGCGGGAAAGCUCCCCGCGACGCGGCGGUGUCUGCUGCUACCCCUUCCACGUCUCCGAGGAUGUCAGAGGUCGUGAGGACGGCAAGGUCCGCGAACCCAUCGCGGGUCGUCGGCAUCAACAGCAGGAGGAACCACACGAUCGGUGCCGGCGAGCGCGAGCACCUGGACGUGGCGGUGGCCGAGUCCGUCAUACGCUGGGCGUCGUGCACCAACUUCUCCACGACGCACUCCCUCCGGGCGUCGCUCGUGUGCUAGCAUUUGUUCACUCACUCGGCUCAUCGCGAGUUGUCAGAAUGUUUCAGUCUUCCUUGCCUGUAGUGCGAUGCAUGCUGAGGUGAGUUGAGUGUAGAUGAGAGUGUAACUUGGACCUGAUGUAUAAUGUUGUUAUAGUGGUAGAUUACCGAGUGACGAUGUGCCUCAUGCUGUAUGAUAUAUGUUUUAUUUUA